AUGGACGAAGCGAUUCUGACAUUCCUCGGGGUCACGGGGACCACCGACGAAGCGGUGGCCCGCCAGUACCUCGACAUGACCGGCGGCGACCUCGAGUACGCCGUCACCCUCUUCAUGGAGUCGCAGCCGGCGCUGGGAGCAAACGACGCCCAGUUGGCGGAACAGCUCCAGGAAGAGGCGUACCAGGUGCGCGAAGCCGACGCCCUGGUCCACCGCCACGACACGUUGGUCGACUACGGCUUUCUGGGGGGCGCCCUGGGGAUGUUCCUGGGGAUGAACGCCGCCGCCUCGGGGCCGCAAAGCAUGUUUGGCCAGGGCCGGGUGGGCAUCUUUAACCAGCGCAUGGACGAGGACGAGAACGAGUACUACCGCAGCCGCUUCGGGGCGCUUUCCGACGAGCUGGACCUGGAUCUGGACGUGGUCGAAGUGCCGCAGACGCUGACCCAACAGCGGUUAGCGCAAUUGUUCCGCCCUCCUUUCGAUAUCAUUACGGUAGCGCUGCUUGAUGAGGCUAAGGCGUUGGGUAAACAAGAGAAAAAAUGGAUCUUGAUCAAUAUUCAGGAUCCACUGGAGUUCCAGUCGCAGGUGAUGAACCGCGACUUUUGGAGUAAAAAACUGAUCAAGGACGCCGUUAAGGAGAAUUUCAUCUUUUUACAGUACCAGCGCGACCUGGUCAACGGCGAAAACUAUGUUAAUUUCUACCAUAUCGACGAGUGUCCCCACGUCGCCAUCCUCGACUCGUGGACUGGCGAGAGAGUGCGUAAAUGGGACGACGGCCACGUCCCCGACGUCGACCAGUGGCUUGAAGAUAUCGAAGAUUUCCUCACCGAGUUCUCGUUGAACCCGGAAUCGCAAAACCCGGUAGUCACUCAUAAGCCGAAGUUUGACCCCAACGCUCUCACUGAGGAACAACAAAUUGAGUUGGCGAUGAAGCAGCUGAUGGAAGGGGCGUCUAAAGAUACCGCCAUUGCUCUCGACGACCCUGAACCCGAACCACAAACCCCCACUGCCGCUGGUGCUGCCGCUCCUAAGGAUCCAUUUGACGCCAUCGACGCCCACGACCACCAGGAACCUAGCGAUGGCUUGAGAAUGCAAAUCCGGUUCCCCAACGGUAAACGGGUCGUCCACAAGUUUGCUGACCUGGAACCGGUGCGGGCAAUCUUUUCCUUCAUCAAACAUAUCAUUGCCACCGAUGACUACGGGGUGGCGUCGGGAGAGCGGUUUAUGCUCACCAACCAGCUGAACCGCGGGUUCUCAUUCAUCGACAACUUGGACACCUCAGUGGCUGAUGCUGGGCUUAAAAACGCGUCGGUGUUGGUAGAGAAGGAGUAG